AAAUCGUUUUAUAUAAAUACUUUGGUCGAUUGGCAUUUUGAUCGUCUCAAUCCCAUCCGUUAUGCCACAUCCAAACCACCUUUAUCAAUAUAUGACUUCUUUUCUAAUACAUAUAAUUGGAUGUUUAAAUCCUCAAUCUGUUGCAGGUUGAAACUCGUGAUUGAACGGCAGCGGGCUCCUGCUAUAGUAGUAUCUCACGAGGCCGUUUUGAGAGCAUUAUAUGCAUAUUUUGCUGAUAGACCAUUGAAAGAAAGUCCCCCACAUAGAGAUUCCAUUGCAUACGAUAACAGAGAUACAAAUGGGAGCCACAGGAGUAGAAGAGAAAAGAUACAAACUCAUGGAUUGAGACACAUUUGCGCACCAAGCUGAAGAGACAAGAAGAGACAUAUCUGUUGCUUAACCAUAAGGCAUGAAGCAUAUUUUGGGCCUCCUCCAGUUAACCUAGCUUGUGUCUUUCUGUUUGCUUAUUCGUUGUUAACAAUCACUUUUUCAAGUCAUUUAUUGGAUGGUUGACGCUAAUCAAGAGUUCGUUUGAUGUU